AGAAUCACUUUUGGAAGUAGAUCAUGAAUGACAAACUCGUCUUCCUGGGCCUGCUGUACUUUGUCCAGGGUAUUCCCUAUGGUCUCCAGUCUUCUCUGCUUCCUGUGUACCUGCGUGGAGCCGGCCACUCUCUCACACGCAUUGGUUUCACCAAGAUCCUCUACUUUCCCUGGGUGCUGAAGGUACUCUGGGCGCCUUUGGUGGACCGAGUGGGAACCAAGCGUCGCUGGCUGGUGGGGACGGUUUCUGGGCUGGCGCUGACAUGCCUCUCCAGUGCUGCCCUGGCUCCAGAAGCACACAUCUGGGGUGUGGCUGGGACUCUGCUGGCCAUGAACACCUUCGCCUCUGUUCAAGACAUUGCUGUAGACGGGGCUGCCGUUGGGCUGUUGAAAGGACGCGGGGAGCUCGGACUGGGCAACACGGCCCAGGUUGUGGGAUACAAGGCUGGAUCGGUGUUUGCCGGUGGUGGGCUCCUGGCUGUGAUUGAUGUAGCUGGAUGGAGCUGGAUGUUUAUGCUCCUGACAUUUGUGUACGCAGGCGUGGCUCUGUUUGUGUGGGGGGCCCCUGUGCUGGACGAUGAGAGCAUAAAGCAGGCAGAUGGCAGCAGGAGGGGCGGGCAGGGAACAGAGGCUCUGAGGCCAUGGAGGGUGUGGAGGAAGCUGAUGGCAGUGCCCGGCACACCUUGGACAAUCCUGUAUGUGCUCACAUACAAACUUGGUGAGCAGGGUGCUGUGACCAUGUUUCCUCUUUUCCUCCUGGAUCACCACAUGACAGCCAGAGAGCUCAGCUUCUGGAACGGCGUCGUCGCCAUGGGCUUCUCCAUCUGCGGCUCGUCCCUCGGAGGCCUUCUGCUCGCCCAGUUCAGCAUCGGGGCGAUGAUGCGACGGGUGUUUGUGUUGCGCACCAUCAGCAUGGUCUUCCAGAGUUCUCUGCUCACUGUACUGGAACCAUCGCCGCUCAUGAAAGGAAUGGCGGUCCUGAGCAUGAGCGUUCAGCACUUCCUGGGUGGUCUCAUCACCACGCUCACCUUCACUACCAUGAUGCAUUGCACUCAGAGGGCCGAGGAAAGCAUACAGGCCACCCACUACAGUUUCCUGGCCACUCUGGAGGUUCUGGGGAAGCUGAUGUUCAGCGCUUUGGCCGGAGGAGUGGUGGACUGGUGUGGUUUCCAAGUGGCCUUCCUCUUCUUCCUCACCCUGUCGGCUGGAACGGCCCUGCACGUGUGGACGGCCACCUUCACCGGCACUCUCAGGGAGACUCAGCUCAAAGAGCAGCCCAAAUGAGAUCCGUCUUAAACGUUUACAUUUAGGGCAAGUCCAGGUCUGUUUGUGGUUCUCCCACUUUUAAAUGUCCACUGUGGCUUCUAGAGGCCCGACUUACAACACUGGAUCUCUGCGGCGGUCGUGGCUGACAGCUACUGGAGUGAAUGGGCCCCGUGUCACAGCACCCGCAACGUAAACAGCUCUAAUGACACAACAAAUGCUGUGAAGGAGGAUUAGUCCGGCUUACACAGCCCGUCAAUACACCUCCACUUUACAUGUUCCCACCCGGCUUCAUUAUCUUGGCUUUCCUUUUUUCUUUUUUUUUUGUUACAGUGUGUCUGAGAGGGAGGGUUUGAGGAGAAGCUUUUAUUCUCUCCUCCUUUUCUGAAAAGAACAUUCACCAAGAGCAAUGUGCCUGUUUGAUUAGAUUUCUAUUUGAAAACUUGCUUAAAACCACAAACCCACCUUAGGAUGCAGUGCUCUAAUUACUCAGGAGUUCCUUCACGUAUUUAUACGUUAUGAUAAUGUACACAUUUUUUAUUCUUUGGCUCAUAACAGUUUUAUUGAUUCUCAUGUCUGAAGUGAAGACGUAGGUUAAAAAAAAUACAAAUAUAAAGGAGAGCGCAGGAAAGCAGGGGAUGCAGUUUAAGACUAACGGAGAGAUAAGCCAAUGUAACACAUGGGUCACACAAUGUGAAGCCAGGCAUAGUAAUGUUCAGUUUCAGUUCAUUUUCACUUUAUUUUGGUAAAUUAUCAACAUUACACGCUGAAAACAAAAACAAAAUGCUACUUUACAAACCCAUAAUAUAACAAAAGGAAUAGGCUUGACGCCAAGUCUUAUCCUUGCACAACCUGCUCUUAUAUCAGUUCAUAUGGCGAAUAUUUAUUCAAGCAUUUGCUUCAUAAGCGCUCUGUGGCGAUCCCAGUCUCUAAUUUGAGCCCCAAUUGACCACUUGUGAUAAAACCUGUAAUUCUGCAAACUUAAAGCAAGCGUACCAUAGCAAUAAUGAAUGGAAGCAGUUUGUCAUGUGAAAAUGUUUUAUUUAUUUUCAUACCUUUAAUCGAUGUCUUAGGGAAGUCAUCCUCAUUUCUUUCAGCGCUGCCAACAAUUCUUCCUCCAUGGAAGACAAUAAUGAAACCGAAUACCUCUGCCAGGAAAGAAUGAAACAAUUAGGAAACUUUAGAUGAAUUUACCACCAGGAAGCUUCAGCGUUGCCUCCAAUACAAAAGGAGUGAAUUUUAGAAGGACGGAGCAGGUUACCAAACCGACCCUCAUUCUGUUUAAACCUCCUAACUCGAAGCGAAUUGCUUCUGCUGAGUCUGUCUUACUCGUUGAAGCUAUGCGUAAUGGGAUAACUGCUGCUACAUAACUUGUCAGUCCCACUUUGAAGCCUGUGUGGACAUUGAAAGGUAGGUAAGUGGUCUGGAUCCCACUGCGCUUGAUGAGAGUGAGGCCCCCUUCCCCCGCUGCGGUUGCCAGAUUGGCAGAAGCCCCCCUGUGGAGAUGUUGCGUGUCUUGGGGGCCAAACGACCCGCCACCUCUGAAGUGAUUUGGUGUGUGUCCCGUUGCACAAGUCCGCCUUUACCUUUGUCAUCUUUAUCGGGGAAAAACUGCCCAGGAGUUUGGGGAAGGGGGCUCGAUUUUGUCUGGUUGUUUACACGCCAACAAACUGUUGCGCUGUUACGCCGCAAAAGAUUAGACAAUAAUUUUGGCAACUCUUUGAGAAGGCUGUGCACACAAAUUCCUGAGCUGUAAUCGCCAGACUCAGAUUUCCCACAAGUGACUGGAUAUGGAUUUCCAGUAGCUGUUUUUGCUUCUUCAGAGCGGGCAACAAGUCUAGUCACAUCACCAACUUUAUACCCAUAUCACAGGGGAGGCACAGCAUAAGAUAGCCCUGCGCAUUCACCCCGUGCCAAGUCUGAUCGGCUACACACAGCAUCACUAGAAACACCACAAAGACGUCCGGACAAUGGGAAGCAGAAAUAAUAAGGCAGAUUUUAUGAGCGUCCGAGAACGGGAAGAGAGUUCAUUGACAGGUACAGUGCAGAGUUACCUCUAAAGGAAAGAGGAUGGGAGGGAGGAAGAGAAUGCAACAUGUUUUAAUCUCGGCAAACAAAGGUGUUGUAUCGCUUCUCCCCCCCGUCUUUUGUGUCCGAGUGCCUCGGGAGAAGAGAGGUGUUGGCUUUUUGCGCUGCUUUUGUCUGGUGGCUAACAGAAUGGUCUCCUGGGAAACCCGAGUGGGCAGGUGGAGGAGCAAUCGGCAGCAUCAGGUAUCGCGGUGUUUCCUUCGCUGGUGUUUACUUUUUGUUUGUUUGCAGAACAAGAGUCAUGGACACCGCUCUCUCUUUACUGUGCUGUGGCCAUUUCUUCCUGUUCUUUCCAUCGCUUUGUUCUCCCUCCUCGGCACUUCGGCUAACUUCAUUGCACGCUUACAGGAACGUUCGCAGGUUUUGUUCAUGUCAGAGAUUCUGAGAUUCUUCUGGUUGGUCAAAACUCAAAGCAAGCCAAGACAGCAAACCCUGACAGGUUUUUCUAAAGUAAAGUCUGGAAAAGUAUAGAAUUGACUUCAAGAUUUUUCUUAUCUGAAAACCAGUGUUUCCAGGUUUCAAAAUGUAUAAGUUGUCCUUUGUUUCCUUCCUUCAGCUCCUUUCCUUCUUUCUUUACUUUCUUUUCUGCCUUUGCUAAUUCCUCCCUUCACAUCUUUGCAUAUUUCCCUUUGUCUUUCUUUUCCUUGGUUCUGUACUUCCAUCUUUGUGUCCUACCUUCCCUCCAUGUCUCCUUCCUGAUGUGCUUCACAUCUCUCGUGUCCUUCUUCCUUCCGUGUGUCUGUCCUUCUUUCCUCGUGUCCUCCCUCCCUACCUUCUUUCCUUUCUUCUGGCCUUCUCUCCUUGUGCUGCAUUUGCCUUUUUUCCCCACCUGUCUUGAUUAAACGAAAAGGACGGAGAAGUCUGGAAAGUUGAAUCUAAAAAAGUUGUGAAUUUCUGUAUGGAAAACAGUGUAAGAGUAAAAUCGGAAUGAUUUUUGCUUUUUCUGCA